GAAGAAGAAAACGUCAACAGCAUCAAGCUAGUGGAGCGGCAGCAGCUCAUGCUAAAGGUGUCCAGGAUGGCGGCCAGACGAGCUCUGAAGGCCGUCCUCAUAGACCUGAGUGGAACUCUACACAUAGAGGACACAGCGGUACCCGGAGCGCAGGACGCCCUCAGCAGGUUACGGCAGGCGUCUGUAGCUGUGAAGUUUGUCACCAACACAACAAAAGAGAGUAAAAGGAAUUUACUAGACAGACUGCAGCGGCUCAACUUUGACGUCCAGGAAAAAGAGAUCUUCACUUCACUGAGUGCAGCGAGGAGUCUGAUAGAGCAGAAAGAGCUCAGACCUCUGCUGCUGGUGGAGGACAGCGCUCUGGAGGACUUCACUGGUAUCGACACGUCGGAGCCGAACGCCGUGGUCGUCGGUCUCGCUCCGGAUCACUUCAACUACCAAACACUCAACAAGGCUUUCAGGAUGGUUCUGGAUGGAGCUCUUCUCAUCGCCAUCCAUAAAGCUCGUUACUACAAACGUAAGGAUGGUUUGGCCCUCGGCCCCGGGCCCUUUGUGACGGGACUGGAGUACGCUGCAGACUGUACAGCUGCUGUGGUCGGGAAGCCGGAAAAGGCUUUUUUCACACAGGCUCUGUCUGACUUAGGAUGUAGCCCCAGUGAAGCAGUCAUGAUAGGAGAUGACGCCAGAGAUGAUGUGGGCGGGGCUCAGAACGCAGGAAUGUUGGGAAUUCUGGUCAGAACCGGUAAAUACAGAGAAGGAGAUGAGAAUAAAAUCAACCCUCCUCCUCAUCUGACAUGUGACAGUUUUCCAGCAGCUGUUGAACACAUCCUGAAGAACCUUCUCUGAGACACAAGAGACUCUCCACUUUCAUUUUCUUAUAGAAUAUUUCAUGUGCACAAUAAAACACACCAG